UAGCGAAUGGGGUGCAAUGCAGUAUAUAGUGUUGCAAGUAAGGGAUGACAAGAGGUGUGACCUCUGCUUGCUGGUUUCCUCGGAUAUAUAUCCUAUCCAUUCAAUAUCCGGGUAUUGCCGAGUCGAUCUGAUCCAGCGUUGCUUUGCUUAUAUACCACGAAGCUUAUUGUCGUUCAUGUAUCGCCUAUUUUCGCGUUCGUCAACCCGUUACCUUAAGAAAGAUAUACAUACACCCCGUCGGCAAUCUAAUAGACGAUUAUAUUCCAGUAUGGAGUGGGGUCAGGAUACCCUGCGGGCCGGUUUCUGCCAUGCCCUCUCGGAAAUGUACAAGACCGAGGUCCCCCUCUACGGAGAUCUCGUGGACCUGGUAUGGAAGGCAGAUGCUGAGGCAAUCAACGCAAGCAGGAAGUUGGGGGGUGCGGGUAUGAUUGAUCCGGACGAGGUCCUGCCUUCCAGAAACCGGGUUGAGAGACAUGGUGCUAUCCGUCUCGGGACUGCACAGGAGCUAGCCACGAUCCGGCGCAUGUUCGCCGUCAUGGGCAUGUACCCUGUGGGCUACUAUGACCUGAGUGUUGCUGGGUUUCCAAUGCACGCCACCGCAUUUCGACCGAAGACCAGGGAAGCUCUGGCCAGGCAUCCAUUCCGGGUGUUCACAACCGUCCUGCGGAUGGACCUGCUGACGGAGAGAACACGAGACUUGGCGCAGAGGGCCUUGAAGCAGAGAAAUAUCUUCACCAACCGGUUGGUGGCCCUGAUCAACCAUGCCGAGGUGCAAGGUCACCUUACCUCCGACGAGUGCAAAGAAUUUAUCACCGAGGGCUUGGAGACCUUCCGAUGGCAUUCCAAGGCAACGGUGACGAUGGAGGAAUACAAGAUCCUCAAGGCGGAACACCCAUUAAUUGCCGACAUUGUCUCCUUUCCAAGUUGCCACAUCAAUCAUCUGACUCCCCGAACGAUUGAUAUUGACCUAGUCCAGAAGAUGAUGCAGGACCAUGGCAUGCCGGCAAAAGAACGCAUCGAGGGCCCGCCACGCCGGGCGUUUCCCAUUUUGUUACGUCAAACGAGCUUCAAAGCUCUGGAGGAAACGGUGUACUUCCGGGACUCGAACAACACGUACGUCAAGGGAUCCCAUACAGCCAGGUUCGGCGAAGUCGAGCAGCGUGGGUAUGCUUUGACGCGUAAAGGCCGAAAGCUCUACGACGACAUUCUUGCUCGAGUCAGCAAAGAAGCAGUCGAGACAGGGGCUACCUCUGACAAGUAUGAGGAGAUAUUGAAAAGGCACUUUGAGGAGUUUCCCGACGACAAAUUUCAGUUGCAGGAGCAGAACCUGGCAUACUUCUGCUAUCAGACAACGCAAAAGGGUAAAGAUGGUCUGGGAUCGAAGACGGUCAGCUUGAGUCAGCUUCUAGCGGACAGGGUUCUGGAGUAUGAGCCCAUCACAUACGAGGACUUCCUCCCCUUGUCUGCAGGAGGGAUCUUCAACUCGAACCUAGGCAACACAUCGCAGUCCAAACGGUUGAUUAUGGAGGCAGAUGGCGACCUGGAUGGAUUCCAGCAGAUGAUGGGAACUCCUAUGAUUGAUGAGAUCAGCCUGUAUGAACAGAUGCAGAAGGACAGCCUUGAAAGUUGCCGGGCAAAGUUGGGGUUAACGGCGAUUGUGGAGUGAAGAUCAGGGCCAAUUUACUGUACUGCAAGAUCACAUACAAGCAAGUAAUGUUUCCUUCUGUAAGAAAGAUGGCCCCAGACGGCAACUGCCAUUGUUGCCCCCUCCUUCCUUUUCUGACCAAUUCCGCUUUUAUUCUUCUCUUCACCUCUUCCCUUCUUCUCCUUUUCCCUUUUCUCUUCACCCAUCACAUAUGACUACCGUUCUUUCAUCCUUACACAUCCUUUACUCUUCCGAAAAAGGUGCCGACUCUAGCCCUUCCUUUGCUCUUCUCGUGUCAUUGGGCAUAUGAUGCCCACUGGGUGCCGUUGUGAGCCCUAGUUCCAGCUUUAUCUACUCAAAUUAUCAAGCAGCCAUAAUGCGAUCGCUUUGGUCCUGGCUGAGCUUAGCAGCCGUGGCCAUUGCUCACGAUGGUCCCGAUCUCAAUCUCUUCGACUAUGGCCAGCGAGGGCCACUCUUGGGUACUUGGUUCGGCAUACCCGGACAGAAUGCAAC